GCCAAACUUUUCCGCCUAUGUGAACUUCCUCAUUGGCAGCGCUAGCUAAAAAAGUGUCCAACUGUCCAGCGAAGUCAAGCGUCCCACAGUUUGUCCUCUCGCUUUGUUUCCGAGAUGUCGAAGCCUCCUCCUAAACCGGCCAAGCCUGGCCAAGUCAAGGUGUUUAGAGCGCUGUUCACCUUCGACCCCAGAACACCAGAUGAGUUGUACUUUGAAGAAGGAGACAUUUUGUACAUCUCAGACACGAGUGACAGUAACUGGUGGAAGGGGACAUGUAGAGGAAGGACGGGACUAAUUCCGAGUAACUACGUGGCAGAACAAGCUGAAUCUAUCGAUAAUCCGAUGCAUGAAGCAGCCAAACGAGGCAACAUAAGCUGGCUGAGGGAAUGUCUGGACAACAAGGUUGGAAUCAACGGGCUGGAUAAGGCAGGAAACACUGCCCUCUACUGGGCAUGUCACGGUGGACAUAAAGAUGUGGUGGAGUUGUUGCUAAGCCAGCCCAGCGUGGAGGUCAACCAGCAGAAUAAACUUGGAGACACACCGUUGCACGCUGCUGCCUGGAAAGGUUAUUCUGAUAUCGUGGAAAUGCUGCUGAACAAGAAUGCGAGGACGGACAUCAGAAACAACGAGAAUAAACUAGCUCUCGAGAUGGCCACCAAUGCUCAGUGUGCUUCACUCCUCAAAAGGAAGCAGGGAACCAGUUUCACCCGCACACACAGCAACGCUGAAGAGUAUUUGGACGAUGAAGACUCCGACUGAGCCCUUCCCAACCCAGUUAUGAAACAUCUUCAUCGUUUUCCAUCACUUUUGUGGAGUUGGAACAUAAGUUUUACUCCAGGCUUAAAAUGGACUUGCUGUCACUGCAACUCCAUUCUAGGUCAGAUAUUUGGCUCAAAAACACUUUAGUUCUCAGCCCUCCACAUCCUUGUCAGUGUGAGUUUCAAAACCCUGAUUUUAAUCCGGUUAGCGGUUUUCCUGUUUGCCAGGAAUUUGUCUCAGAGCAUCAGGAGCAAACGCACUGAGGGCAGAAUGGAGGAAAAUGACCAAAGCUUCUAAAGAGACACAUUCCAAACACAGAUUAUUAUAUUUAACCUAUUAAGAUGGAAGUGCCAGUGCAGAUUAAAAGAUUUAAUCUCAUCACAACUUUGUACAUUUAAGCGGCAAAUUACUGGUGUAUUUAACCGAGAGGUUGGCAGAUGUUCUUUGUGAUGUGGCUCUAUGGGCUUAAAUGGGUAAACAGUCUUGCAUGACGGUAAUCAGUUACUGUUCUGGUCUGUUGGAACAUUUCCAGUGGCGGCACGGAUCUGCUCUCAGAUCCGUGUCGCUGAAGAACUCAUCUGAAACACUCUAAUCUCUUCUGCGUUUGAUGGUUGGUUUCUGUCAUGGGAGCAAAUUUCAGAUUAACAAAGAUCUUUUUUUUAAGUGCCUUAAUUAUGUGUGUGUGUGUGUGUGUGUGUGUGUGUGUGUGUGUGUGUGUGUGUGUGUGUGUGUGUGUGUGUGUGUGUGUGUGUGUGUGUGUGUGUGUGUGUGUGUGUGUGUGUGUGUGUGUGUGUGUGUGUGUGUGUGUGUGUGUGUGUGUGUGUGUGUGUGUGUGUGUGUGUGUGUGUGUGUGUGUGUGUGUGUGUGUGUGUGUGUGUGUGUGUGUGUGUGUCUUGAUUUCUGCUCGUUUCAGUCUGCAAUAAAAAAAAUUCCAAUGUCAUAAAAACAUUUUUUAAAUCUUUAAUGUUUGACAUGAAAUAAAAAUACCUAUAUAUUUAAAA